GUUCCUGCAGACUUCCACCAUGUAUCAAUACCAUACGUGGCUUUUAGCCGCCCUAGCUGGUACUACCGCAGGAUUCAUGUGGUUCUACCGACCAUGCAAUACUAAACAAGCACAUCCGCGAUAUCCGAAGCAAACCAAUCAUUCCUCUGAUCAAUUCGUCCUUGCCGCUGGGGCGAUUGCCUUUCAUAUUUCUAAAGACAAGCCUCUCAAAGUCUGCCUUGUAUACUACAAAAGGCGCAACGAAUGGCUCCUCGCCAAGGGGCGCAAGGACGAGGGAGAAGACCUCGCAAAAACGGCAGUAUGUGAAGUCCUGGAAGAGACGGGCUACGCCUGUAUGCUCCUCCCUAUUGCACUACCUACACGCGCAACCCUCCCCUCUGCGUCUGUAGCCCACCAAGAAGACGUACCCAGACUGUCGCAAGAAUGCACAGAACCAUUCGCUAUUACAAUCAGGCCCCUCCAGAAACCUAAGAACGUGAAAUUGAUAUUCUGGUACGUCGCAUCGUUGGAUGAUCCCGAGGGCGCUCCGCGCGUUGGAACACACAUGAUAGCGGAGGGGUUUGAGGAGUCUGCGUUGUUUGAAGUUAACGAAGCUCUGGAGAAGCUCUCGUUUGAGGACGAUAAGGACUUGUUGCGCUUGGCUGCAAAGUAUGCUGAGCGUGUAAAUCCACCGACAUGACUUCUAGGUGAUGAACAAUUUUACUGUUCAUUCGGCCAUCAGUUCGAAGCGACCCAGUUCGUUUCAUAGUUGAACGUUAGAGCUUGCUGUUUGAUAUUCGCCAAGCUUUUGCCGACUAUUCUUGUUAUCUGCUGUAAUCGAUAUGUACGUGGGUCGGGGCUCACUAGUAUUGUGACCUUCUGAUUACCGCU